UUAAGGUCGGAAAUCCGCAAGCUAGAAGCUAAUGGGAAGGCCAUGAGUGAUAUCAUAAACAAGAAAGACGCGUCAGAAAAAGAAAAAGCGAAAGUUCAGCGCGAACUAAAGCGCACCGUGGAAGAGGGGCAUUCAUUAAAGAAAGCUAUUGAAGAAGAAAAAUCUAGGCAUGAGGAAGAGAAAACUCUACUUAAAGAGCAGAUAGAUGAGUUAAAAGAAGGGCUCAAGGAGGAAAGGAAGAAAGAGAAAUCGCAUAAAAAUGAGAUCAACACGUUAAGGAAGGCAAUCGAAGAAGAAAAAAAGAGGAUUAAAGAGAUGGAAGAGAUUGCUGCGAGCAAAAGUGACUUGCGAGAUGAGAAUGACCAAUUAUCUCGUCAACUAGAUGAAAUGAAAAAGAUGAAUGAAUCACUUAAAUCCGAAAGAGAAAAAGCCGCGGAAACAGGAAUUCAAUUACAGGGGCAAUUAAAUUAUAUAAAGGAAGAUAACGAAAAACUGCGAAAGGAAAUCAAUGAUCUCAACAUAAAAUUAGCGCAGCAGGCUUCACGACAAGAGCCCGUCCAUAACAACUCACACGAAUCAUCGAACGAGGUCGAAUCACCGACUUCUGUAUCAACGAAGGACAGCAACAAAAGGCAUGUAACCUUUUCCGAAAAUGAAGGUUCCAACAAUUCCAAGAGGGUCCGCCUCGAGGGUGACGGACGUCCGAAGAAAGUUACUCGUAGACGUGCUAACGGUGAUGGGAGUCGUACCGCCAAUCUUGACGAUAUGCCAGCAGUAGUUUUCCCGUUACCCGCAAACCCAAAGUUGAACAGUAAAAAUUACGAGAAACUAAAAUCUAAAUUCAACAUACCAAAAAAAGAUUGA